AUGGGUCACGCGGCGUUUCAGCUCGUUCGCGCCAUAACCCUAACGGACACCACUGGUAGCUCUCGCUCUUCUCCUGCUCCCCCGAGUACCGCUCUCAGCCGCUUCCUCGGUCCCGCCGCGACGGCGACGGCGUCGCCGAGUCGCAUUCUCUGCUGCACCCAAUGGCGCUCCUCCAUUCUCAUUGGCUGCAGCGACGGCGCGCUGUUAGAGUACCGCCCGGCAGGAUCAUCAGCGGCGACGGACCAAUCAGCGGCUUCCGCGCCGCGUGUCGCGGCCGGCAACGGUGGCUAUUCGCUGUUCGCACGGAGGGACGGUUUCGCGCCAUCCGCCAUCCUGCGACUCGAAGUCGCCGCGCUACCGACAGCUGCUGCUGCUGAUAGUUCCGCCACCCCCGCCGCUUCCGCCGCAUCCGCCGCGUCUGGGGCGGCGGGCGUGCUGAUCGCGCUGGCGGACUGCGUGAGGCUGGCAGCGCUGCCGACGCUGGAGCCGCUGACGUGUCUCCCGCGCACAGCUGGCGCCACGUCAUUGGCGUGGGACGCGGAGGGCGGCGUGCUGUGCGUGGCGAUCAAGAGGAGAGUGCUCGUGCUGCGGUUUGACGUCCAACUCUUUCCGACUCCUUCCCUUUCUGAGUCUUUCCUUCUCGGCUCUCCCCCAGGCAGUUCAACUUGCGAGAGUUCACGUUCACGUGCCCACACGCCCCUCCUCUUCGUUCCUUCUCCCUUCCCGACUUUUGAGGCGCCUCAAAAGCUGAGGCCGCUCAGUCCAUCCCUUCCUCUUCCUCCUCCUUCUCCCUUCCCGUCUUUCCCUUCCCCGUCUUUCCCUUCCCCGUCUUUCCCUUCCCCGUCUUUCCCUUCCCCGUCUUUCCCUUCCCCGUCUUUCCCUUCCCCGUCUUACCCUUCCCCACCCCCACGCCGUUCAACCUUCAAGGAGGAACGAGAGUUCACCUGUCCAGACACCCCUCGCCUGCUCGCCCUGUGUUUCCGCCCUCCCCACUUCCUCCUCACAUCCUCCGCCUUCUCCCUCCCUUUCCCUCCCUCAUCCCUCCCAGCCCAGGCACUUCGACCUUCAAGGAGGAGCGAGUGCCGUUCAACCUUCAAGGAGGAACGAGAAUUCACCUGUCCAGACGCCCCUCGCCUGCUCGCCCUGCCCUCGCCCACCACCCUCUGUGCCGCCACGCCCACCAAGUACCUUCUGCACCACAUCCCACCGCCCGGCACCGCUGGCAGCGGCGGCUCGUGGCGGGACAUGCUGCCGUGCGGGCAGGUGGCGCCGCCUAGUGUUGUGAAACUGCCGCGAGGGGAGAUGCUAGUCGGCAAGGUGAGACUGUUUGGAGUCAAGGCGGAGGGAGGGAGGCAGGUUCAGGUGUGGUUACCAUGCUGCCGUGCUGCCGUGCGGGCAGGUGGCCCCUCCCAGUGUGGUGAAGCUGCCCCGAGGGGAGAUGUUAGUCAGCAAGGUGAGAUUGUAGUAGUGGGAGGGAGGGAGGGCUCGUGCAUGUGUGGCACCGCUGGCAGCGGCGGCUCAUGGCGGGACAUGCUGCCGUGUGGGCAGGUAGGCGCCUCCCAGUGUGGUGAAGCUACCCCGUGUGGGCAGGUAGGCGCCUCCCAGUGUGGUGAAGCUACCCCGUGUGGGCAGGUAGGCGCCUCCCAGUGUGGUGAAGCUACCCCGUGUGGGCAGGUAGGCGCCUCCCAGUGUGGUGAAGCUACCCCGUGUGGGCAGGUAGGCGCCUCCCAGUGUGGUGAAGCUACCCCGUGUGGGCAGGACAGCAUAGGGCUCUUUCUUGACGCCUCUGGUCUCCCUCUGCGCUCCCACGGCAUCAACUGGUCGCGCCCGCCCUCCCACGUGGCUGUCAUGCCACCCUACGCCCUCGCCAAGCUGCCCAACUACAUUGAGGUGCGAUCCCUGCUCCCAGGCCACGCCUUGGUGCAAACCAUCCCCCUGCGGGAGAGUGCAUCCCUGUGGACCCCUCCCCCUCUCCCCGUUGCCAGCUCUGGCGUUGAAGGCAGCAGCAGGGCAGCAGGGCGGUCAGCCCGGGGGGUCUUUGCAGUGGCGGAGGAGAGUGUGUACAUCGUCGCUCCUGUCUCCCUUGCCGCUCAGGUGCAUGUCGCUCGCGUGUCGCUCUGUGAUGUGAUGCAGUGCAGUGAUGUGAUGCAGUGCAGUGAUGUGAUGCAGUGCAGUGAUGUGAUGCAGUGCAGUGAUGUGAUGCAGUGCAGUGAUGUGAUGCAGUGCAGUGAUGUGAUGCAGUGCAGUGAUGUGAUGCAGUGCAGUGAUGUGAUGCAGUGCAGUGAUGUGAUGCAGUGCAGUGAUGUGAUGCAGUGCAGUGAUGUGAUGCAGUGCAGUGAUGUGAUGCAGUGCAGUGAUGUGAUGCAGUGCAGUGAUGUGAUGCAGUGCAGUGAUGUGAUGCAGUGCAGUGAUGUGAUGCAGUGCAGUGAUGUGAUGCAGUGCAGUGAUGUGAUGCAGUGCAGUGAUGUGAUGCAGUGCAGUGAUGUGAUGCAGUGCAGUGAUGUGAUGCAGUGCAGUGAUGUGAUGCAGUGCAGUGAUGUGAUGCAGUGCAGUGUGGUGUGGUGGUGUGCUGUGCUGUGUGGUACCAGUGCUACAAGCAGCGUCUUUGUCAAGGGUAGCAGCAGCAGCAGGGCAGCAGGGCGGUCAGCCCGGGGUGUGUUUGCAGUGGCAGAGGAGAGUGUGUAUACAUCGUUUGCUCUUGUCUCCCUUGCUGCCCAGAUCGACCAGCUAGUGAGCGAGGGGCUGUUUGAAGAGGCGCUCUCCCUGUGUGAGGGGCUGGAUGAUGUCGAGGGGGAGGAGGAGGGGAGCGGCCAGCCAAGGAGGCGUAUGGACUUGGUUCGACUGCGUCUCGCCCACCAUCUAUUCUCAUCGGGUGAAUUCGACCGGGCCAUGCAGCAACUCGCCCUCUGCUCCUCGCCGCCCCUCCUCCAAGCCCUCUCGCUCUUCCCCUUCCUCCCCUCCCUCCCCUCCUCCAUCCUCUCCCUCGCUGCCUCCUCCUCCCCCUACCCUCCCUCCUUCCCCUCCGCCUCCCCCUCCUCCCCCUCCUACCCUCUCUCUCCUUCCUCCACACCUUCUGCUGCUGCAACACCACUGGGAGUGCAAUCGCAAUCAGAUCUAACCGGGCGGCAGCGCAAGCUGGCAUUGCUGUCUCUAGUGGCUUCCGCAGCAGAAGCAUCAGCAGCAUCAACUGAAGCAGAUGCAGCACAAGCAGCAGAGGCAGAAGCAGCAGCAGAGGCAGAAGCAGCAGCAGAGGCAGAAGAGAGGGCGAUCCUCUCUGAAUCACCGCCUGACUCGCCCGAGACUGCCUUUGACUUCAACCACUCGCUCUUCUCCUCCUCCGGCCCUCUCACCUUCGGGGCGCGUCCCAGCCCCUCUCCCCCUGCUGCCACUAGCAGCAGCUACAACACCCACAGUUCCCUUGGCAGUAACAUCAAGAAUGGCGAUGCAACCGCCACCACACCUCUCUCUCAGCCUCUUCCUCCUGCUUCUUCUCCUUCACUUGUCAUUCCGAAUCAGGAAGGGAGAGGUGGUGGGACUGAUAAUGAGUUAUUUCAGAUGCAGAGCGAAGGAGCGGGGAGAGGUGGAGGGGGGGCAUCCAUGUCAGCGACGGGUGUUGCUGACUCAGCGGACCCGAUGCACCCGCUCCGAUCGGCUCUGCAUGCGUUGUGGGCAGCCGAUAACUUCUGCCACGUCAGCACUGUGGAGGCGGCGCUGCGUGAGGAGGACAGGUGGCGCGACGUGAUUCGCUUUCUAUUUUUCAAAGGAUUGCACAGAGAGGGUCUUGUGUUCUUAAGAGAGAUGCUUAACGGCGGUGGUGUGGGAAUGGGGUGGGAAGGGGAGGAGGGGACAGAGGCGGUGGGAAGGAGAAAGGAAGAGAGAGAAGGAGCAGAGGAAGAAGGGGAGGUUGCUGGUUGUACUGGUGGUAGUGGUGGUGGUGGCACGACGGGAAGGAGGAGGGAUGCUGACGUGGUAGAGAACUGCUUCAAGGAAUACGUGGAGCUGCUAGGUCAGCAGCCACGUCAGCAGCCGCUCGUGCUGGAGGCGCUGACGUGGCGCUUUGAGGACGACCCGACAGCUGCGCUGGCGCUGCUCACAUCACUGCGACACCCCCCUCCCAACGCCCUGUCUCCUCUCUCUCUCCCAACCCACCAAACCUGGUGCUCUCUCAUCUGCCCACCUGGUGCUCUCUCAUCUGCCCACCUGGUGCUCUCUCAUCUGCCCACCUGGUGCUCUCUCAUCUGCCCACCUGGUGCUCUCUCAUCUGCCCACCUGGUGCUCUCUCAUCUGCCCACCUGGUGCUCUCUCAUCUGCCCACCUGGUGCUCUCUCAUCUGCCCACUUAUCCGUCAGGCGGCCCCUCAUCUCACUGCCUCAGUCCUCGGGCAUCUCAUGGAGCAGAGCACACGUUCAGGCCAUGGGCGAGGGGGUUGCAAGCUGCUCCUCCCUGCCAUCCCCCUCUCAUGGUGGCCCCGUCGCCCAUGGCCCAUCUCUCUCUCAUGGACCCCCGUCUCUCUGUCCUCCCUCCCCACCCGCUCCUGCCCCAUCAGACCUGGUGCUCUCUCUCAUCCGCCAAGUCGCCCCUCACCUCAGCGCCUCCUUCCUCGAGCACCUCUUGGAGCAAACCGCUCAGGCCAUGGGCGAGGGGGGCGGAGGGGAGGGCGUGGGGGAAGGGGACGGGGAGGGGGAGGAGGAGGAGGAGCAGGAGGGAUCUGGAGAGGGUUGGAGGGGCAGCAGCGGCAGCGGUGGUGGUGGGGGGAGCGGGAGAGGGAGUGGGGAGAAGGGAAGACGGUGGAUUAGCAGCAGUGGGGCCGGUGGGUCUGGUGGUGGUGCUGGUGGGAGUCAGGGGGUGCAGGAUGUGGGAGCAGCAGCGUCACAGCUACAGCUAGACCUGGUUCGGCUCAGCCUUCACCGGGUCAAAGCAGAGCUCUGUCAAUCAGCAGCAGCCACGUCAGCAGCAGCAGAGCGCCUUGCUGUGAUUGGUCCAGAGAGGGCGAAGCUGGCAGCCGUGUUGCAGCGGAUCAGGUUGCGACUUAUUCCAGAGGUGCUCCAAAUGCUCCCUCCACACUCCCUCUUUGAGGAGAAGGCUUCCCUUCUCCUGCGCCUCCUGCUGCACACCCACGCCCAUCCACCCACCCAGGCCACAGCUGCACCAUCACCAACAGCAGCAACAGCAGCGUCAGCAGGAGGAGCAGCAGCAGCAGCAGGCGGUGCAACCGCAGCGACGCCGUUAGGAGCAAGAACGCCCAUGCGUGCAGCAGAAGCGGCAGCAGCGGCAGUGGAGGCAGUGGGCGGUCGGGAUGCGCUGCUGUGGAUGGUGCUUGUGCUCUACGCCAGGAAGCUGAAUCAGCCCCUUCACUGCAUCUCCAUCUGCGACCAGCUUCUCUCCCUCUCCCCUCCUCCCUCUCGCCCAUCCCCUCCCUCUAUUGCUCCCUCCUUCUUACCCUUCAUCUCCCCUCGAAUGCCUCCUCCUCCUUCCACCACCACCACAACCACCACCAACAACACCAACACCUCAUUCUCUUCCUCUUCUCCUCUCUCCCAGAUUCCUGCGCUCAUCCCUCUCCUGCCUCCCUUCUCCACCUCCUCCAUAACCGCUUUCCAAUCCACUCCCACCGCUCCCGCCACCGCCGCCACUGCACAAGCACAAGCACCAGCAACAGCGGCAGCAGCAGUGGGAGGGGAAACAAGAGGAGCAGCAACAGGAGGAAGAGGAGGAGAAACAAAAGGGGCUGCAAGGGAGGAGGCUAUGCCUGAUGUGGGAGGGAGCAGCUCUAGCAACUCCAGCGCCCUUCUUACCGCUUCCACGCCCCACCAGGUGCUGCUGCGGGUGCUGUUGCUGUCUGACGUGGCGCUGACUCAGUUUGCCGCCCACUUUGGAAGGUUCUACCCCGUCAGUCAAGGGGAGGGGGAGGAAGAGAAGCAAGAUGAGGAAGGUGCGGAGAAGGUGCAUGGAAAGGGGGGGUCAGGAGGUGGACAAGAGGGAAAGCAAGCAGUCAGCGCAGAAACAGCAACAGCAGACGCUGCCGCAGAAACAGCAACAGCAGACGCUGCAGCAGGGGCGAUCAGUGCAGAGAGAAAGGGAAAGAGGCUGGCUGUGAUAGCAGAUGUGGAAGGGGACGAGGAGGGGGGCAGGGAGGGAAGCAGCAUCCUUGCAUCUUCUGUUCCAGUCUCCUCAACCCUACAGAGCUACACGGGUGUGACAGAGAGCAAGAAGGACGAAGGAGAAGCAAGUCAAGUGGUUGAUGUGGUUGGGAGGCGAGGGGGGGCGAACAGAUGGGGGCUGAGGGAGGGAGUGAUGGUGGCGGCGGCUCUUGAGGUGAUGGAGAGGCGGUGGGCCAUGAUCGACCCCAUGGAGGCGCUACACAUGAUGCCACACGACGUGCCACUACAGAGUGUGCUGCCGUAUCUAGAGGCAGUGCUGCGGGCCGGCAGCGAGCAGAGGAGGAACAGUGCAGUGGUGAAGAACCUCAGGCGGAGCGAGAACCUGCAGCUCCGGGAGGAGUUAGCGAAUGGCAGGAAGCGCCAUGUCAGCAUCACAGGGGACCGGCUGUGCGCCAUCUGUCGCAAGCGGAUUGGAGGGAGCGUGUUUGCCGUCUAUCCGGGUGGCACACUGGUGCAUUUUGUCUGCUUUCAACACCACCAGACACAGCUGCCUGCUGCUGCGGGUCCGUGA